CUUUCAAAUGUAAUCAGCUCAGGCCGACCGCAAGAUGAAGAUUGGCGCGGGACUACUGGUUCUCGUUAUUCUUCACACCAAGUUCCAAGAUGCUUCCACAUCUCACGCAGAACAAAAAAAUUCAUCAUCGGUAAUAGCACCAUUGCCGCCACCCAUCAUCGACUGUGCUUGUAGCUAUAUUUACUAUCCUGUCUGCGGAACCGAUGGACGAACCUACACGAACGUAUGUGUCAUGAACUGUAUAAGUUUUGAAAACAUAAGACGAGGCCUGCCGCCCAUCUUCCUCAAAGGGAACGGUGAAUGUCUAGAAGACCCGUGUAUUUGUCCUCAAGUCGUCCUACCGGUAUGUGGCAGUGAUAACUACACCUACAGCAACGAGUGCUACUUGAAAUGUGAGAGCAGCAGACGCGAGCGUCUGGGCCUUGGACCCAUCGUCGUUGCACACGAGGGAAAUUGUUCGAGCACACCCUGUAUCUGCUCCAGCAUCAUCACGCCGGUCUGCGGUACAGACAGUGUAACGUACAGAAAUAUUUGCCUGCUGCAAUGUGCUAGUCGCAAAAAUCAGGCUCAAGGUCUCCAGCCGAUUAGAUUAGCUUAUUCAGGAGCUUGCUUCUUCGAGAGCUGCAUGUGUCCUCUGAAUAUCGAACCUGUUUGUGGAAGCGAUGGGACCACGUACAAUACUCCCUGCCACCUGGCUUGCAAAAAUAGAAUUGGAUAUGCGAUGGGCUACCCAGAGGUACAACAAUUGUACAAAGGUCCAUGCGUCAGCUGUGCCUGCCCAGCGAUUAGCGACCCCAUCUGUGGCAGUGAUGGCAAAGAUUAUGGUAACCCAUGUGAGCUAGAAUGUGAGAACAAGAGAAGGGAAAAACAGUGUUUGAGUCCAAUAACAAUUCGCUACAAAGGUAAGUGUGUCAGAUGCGUGUGUCCUGGUGUUCUGGACCCUGUGUGUGCUAGCGAUCGCAGAACAUACAAAAAUAAAUGUGAAUUAAAAUGUAUAAAUCAAGUGCGACAACGAUCUGGCCUAUCACCUUUGGAGUUGUUGUUCAAGGGAAAUUGCAUUAAAUGUAACUGCCCUAAAAAAUCCAAUCCAGUCUGCGGUACUGAUGGAAACACGUACAACAACAAAUGUUUACUAGAUUGUGAAAACAAGUACAGAAAAAAGCAAAACCUCACAUUAAUAUCAAUUGAAUAUAAAGGAGAAUGCGAAAACUGCUUUUGCACAGCCAUUGGAGAUCCUCUUUGUGCCAGCGAUGGUAAAACUUAUGGUAAUCCUUGCGAAUUGGCUUGUGAAAAUAAAAAAAGAGAUAGAAUUGGACUUCCAGUGCUGUAUAAGAAGUACCGAGGAGUUUGUACUUUUUGUGAAUGUGUCGCGGAAGGUAGCCCAGUGUGUGGCAGCAAUGGCGUCACAUACGAAAACGCUUGCAGACUGGAUUGUGAAAAUGUAGAUCGCAAGAAACAGAAUUUAUCAUCAAUCACUAUUGAUUAUAAUGGUACCUGCAUCGAUUGCAUCUGUACUGCAGACUACAGGCCCGUGUGCGGAAGUGACGGCGUUACUUAUGGUAAUAAAUGUGCUUUUAGAUGUGAGAAUAAAAGGAGAGAAAGACGAUGUUUGCCGCGGCUGACUUUGUUGCACGAGGGUGAAUGUAUUAUAUGCAAGUGCACUAAAGAAUACAACCCCAUAUGCGCCAGUGAUGGAAUUACUUACAGCAAUCCUUGUACAUUAGAAUGCGAAAACAGUAUAAGAAAAGCGAGAAAUAUGCCACCAUUAGACAUCAAAUAUAAAGGCGAAUGUGUUCAAUGUCCAUGUUCACUUGAAUAUGUACCGCUGUGUGCAAGCGAUGAUAACACCUAUCCAAAUUCUUGUGUCUUAGAGUGUGAAAAUAAGAUAAGAGAAAAGCAGAAUAAAACAGCGUUAACAGUUCAAUAUAAAGGAGAAUGUAUUCAUUGCCCUUGCUCUAAAGAAUUUAAACCAGUAUGCGGAAGUGACUGGAAUACGUACGGUAACAAAUGUAUCUUUGAAUGUGAAAAUGCCAAAAGGCAGGCACAAGGUUUGCCAAAAUUAGAGAUUCUUUAUGAUGAUAAAUGUAUUGAGUGUAUUUGCCCGUUGAAUUAUAAUCCUGUUUGUGGUAGCGACGAGAAAACUUAUGGAAAUAACUGCUCAUUUAAUUGCGAAAACAAACACAGAGAAAAACAAGGAAUAGAACCAUUGACGAUAUUGUAUGACGGUGAAUGUAUCACUUGUGUGUGCACAGCUGAUCUCAGGCCAGUCUGUGGAUCUGAUGGCAUUACAUACAGCAACAUUUGCAUGUUUGAAUGUCAAAAUAAAAAGAGACGAAGACAAGGUCUCGAGAACUUGACAAUAGCGUAUGAAGGUGAGUGCGUCCAAUGCAUAUGCCCGGCGAUUUAUGACCCCGUGUGUGGCACGGACGAGAAAACUUAUAGUAGCGUCUGUUCUCUAGCUUGUCACAAUAAGAAAAGGGAAAAAAUGUGUCUGCCAUCGAUUGGUAUAGAUUAUGAAGGACAAUGUGUCGAGUGUGCCUGCACAUAUGAGUAUCAACCAGUAUGUGCCAGCGACGAUAACACGUAUGCGACCCGUUGUGUCCUGAGAUGUGAGAAUGCAAAACGAGCAAGGAAGGAUUUGCCCCCAUUGAUCGUUGCUUAUGAAGGAGAAUGCGGUAGUUGCACUUGUUCAAAUGACUAUUGUCCCGUUUGUGGAAAUGAUGGGAAAACUUACACAAAUAUUUGCGCGUUGCAAUGUGCGAGUCAGAAGAGGGUGAAAGAAGGUCUUCCCUGCCUGGAAGUGACCAGUGAAGGUGCUUGCGGCUGCGCAUGCCCAAAGAACUAUGAUCCGGUGACUAGCAGCGACGGGAAAACCUAUGGGAACCAGUGCCUCUUCAACUGUGAGAAUAAAAGACGUGAUGAUUUAGGCCUUCUUUUACUUACGAUAGCAAGUGACAUAAAAAUAAAGAAAUAAAUAAAUCACAUGCAUUAUAAUUGGUUAA